CGAGCUCUUGGUCUCAAGCUGCGGGAGGUGCCAGGCGAUGGCAAUUGUUUGUUUCGGGCCCUGGGUGACCAGCUGGAGGGGCACUCAAGGAACCACCUCAGACACCGCCAGGAAACUGUGGAUUUCAUGAUGAAGCAACGGGAGGACUUUGAGCCUUUUGUGGAGGAUGAUGUGCCCUUUGAGAAGCAUGUUACCAACUUGGCUAAGCCUGGUACCUUUGCUGGCAAUGAUGCUAUUGUGGCCUUUGCAAGGAACAAUCAAUUGAAUGUUGUUAUUCAUCAGCUUAAUGCUCCUUUGUGGCAGAUUCAGGGCACAGACCAAAGCAACGUGAGGGAGCUGCACAUUGCGUAUCGUUACGGAGAGCACUACGACAGUGUGAGGAGGAUCAGUGAUGACUCUGAGGCUCCAGCCUGUCUUCAGAUGGACUUGCAGAUGCUUUGCAAAAAUGAUUUGAAAACAGAAGAGGAAGUGAAGCUACAGAAGGGUGACUCUGAAGAGAAGAAUGAAGUGGAAUUGGAAGAUGCUAUACAAAAAGUGUGUAAUGCAACUGGGCAUUCAGACAUUGAUUUGGUAAGCAAGAUUCUGGAAGCAGAAGACUACAAUAUAGAAUCUGCAACAUUUGCCAUCUUACAAGUGAAGGAAGUGGAAAAAAUCAGUGCUGAGGAGCAGUGUGAUCCCCAGAGCCAGGAUCAGAAAUGGUGUAACAAAACUCUGGGGGAGGAGAACGGAACUGGUUCAAGAAUCUUUGGAAAUGGGAGUUUGCAUCAAGAUAAAAUAGGACCCAAGAAAGGACAGGCUAGAUCUGAUGGAGAGAAUCGAGCUGGCAGGAGUCAGAAGGUGUGUAACAAACAGAAGAAGGAACAGCAGCGGCUGGAGAAGAAGAAGCGGCAGGAAGAAAGACAUCGCCAAAAGGUGUUGGCCAACAAGAGUGACUGUGCAGAGAGCAGCAGGGUAGGGACAGACUUAACCAACCAGGUCACCUUGGUGAAGGCCGUGGCAGCUCUAAACAUAUGA